AUGGCCCGCGUACCGUUUAUUGGGCGGCUUUUCUGGUUCGAAUACCUAACACUUUUCGGAUCGUUGAUUUUAGUGUUGUUUGAAUGGGUUAUUCAUAUUAUCACCUUCUGUCUUCCCGAGCCGGUCAUCAACUUUUUCUACGAGCGUUCGAAGACCAUCUUCAACUUAGUCAUAACCCCUGAGAGACCAGAGAAUCAGGGGAGGGAGAAACGACGUGCGAAUGCCGUGGCGCACGCCUCAGACUUCGCAGAGAUUUGCUCGAUUUUUGGAUAUGAGGCGGAGGAGCACAUUGUCCAGACCAAAGACGGAUAUCUGCUUGGUCUCCAUCGUCUGCCCAAUCGCAAGGGCGAGGAAAAUCAGACCGUUAACCAGGGCGAGGGGAGCGUCAAGAAGAAGGUCGCGUACCUCCAUCAUGGUUUAAUGAUGUGCAGUGAGGUAUGGGUCUGCUUGACAGAUGAGGAGCGCUGUCUUCCUUUCCAACUAGUGGAAAGAGGGUACGACGUCUGGCUAGGGAACAACCGGGGGAAUAAAUACUCCAAGAAGUCCACCAGAUCCUCUCCGCUAUCGACUGAGUUCUGGGACUUUUCCAUAGAUCAGUUCGCCUUUCACGACAUUCCCGAUAGCAUCAAUUAUAUCCUCGAAUUGACAGGGCAACCCUCUCUGUCGUAUAUCGGUUUCUCGCAAGGAACGGCCCAAGCAUUUGCAACUCUCUCCAUCCACCCACAGUUGAACCAAAAGAUCGACGUCUUUGUCGCUCUUGCACCAGCAAUGUCGCCCGCCCGCAUUUCCAAUCCGGUCGUUGAUUCCCUAAUGAAGGCGUCGCCGAACUUCAUAUUCCUGCUCUUUGGUCGACGCAGCAUUCUUAGCUCGACCACGAUGUGGCAGACUGUUCUUUACCCGCCAAUAUUCAUGCGAAUCAUUGAUACGUCACUUUCCUUUCUCUUCAAUUGGAAGUGCAAGAACAUCAGCCGUAGCCAGAAGAUGGCGGGUUACCUCCACCUCUUCUCGUUCACGAGUACCAAGUCUGUAGUACAUUGGUUCCAGAUAAUUCGCAACAGGAAUUUCCAGUUCUAUGAUGACGAGAUAUAUGCGCCCUUCAGCAUCGCGGCAAGUGAACGAUUCUAUAAACCGGUCAAGUACCCAACGAAAAAUAUCAAGACACCCAUUGUCCUGCUGUACGGCGGCAGCGACAGUCUUGUCGAUAUCGAUGUGAUGCAGAAAGAGCUUCCGCGAGGGACCACGUCGAAGAUAAUUCCUAAGUACGAGCACUUGGACUUCCUCUGGGCGAGCGAUGUGUCGGAGUUGGUUUUCGGCCAUGUGUUCGAAGCAUUAGAUCAGUAUAGCCCCAGCAAGAGACUCCGGGGUGGUAAGAACACGGGCGAGGUCAAUGGCACCUAA